AUGGAGGAGACCAGCCUGAGAGCUGUGAUGCAGCAGAUCGAGCAGCUGAUCCAGAACCUUUUGGGUGAGCGCGAGCGGCUGCAAAGCGCCUCGGGGGGGCCGCACGGCGGUUCUGGGAUCCAGACCGAGGAGCUCGGACGCCGGGGCUCCGUGCACUCCGUGCAGCUGAGUUUGCCGAACUCCCCGCGCAGACCCUCCAUCACUCACACCCCGCCUGGCCCUCCGAUAACUCCAGGCUCGGUGCCUGAAGAUGCCGCCUGCCCGAGCCCGAGCCUUCCUCCGAUGGACGUCUUGGGAUCCCAUCCGCAGCCGCCGAAGAAGAAUCCGAAGGCCCUGAAUCCCCAGUUGUCACAGGUGUCCUUCGCAUCCCAGGCAUCGCACCAAAGCCGGCAGGUCACGCCCAGUGACGACGGCACCGUGUCAGAGCGGCUAGAAGGCUUCGAUGGCUUCAAACUCCAGCCCGCAUGGGCUAAGCGCCAGCAGGAGCAGAGCAGCAUGCGCAUCAAGCCCGUGUCAUCCACCGCUCGCGCACCGACGCCGACCGCAGUGACGCUUGUGCCUGCAAGAGCUCUGCCACUCCUCGCCGGGAGUCGGAUCUCUAUCUUGCUGGACUGGAAACCGCUUUGGGGCCUCGUGGCUGGAGCUCUGAUCCUCUUCGACUGCCUCGUCAUCCCACUCCUCGCCUUCCAGGUGCGGGAGCCCUGGGCCUUCGACUUGAUUCGCAUCCUCUUCUGGUCGCUGAGCUUGCCCAUCAUCUACAGCUUCAGCUCGCAAAGCGGCUGCCUCGGGUCCAGAGCUUUGGGGGCUUUCGUCUCGGACGGGCUUCUGGAGGUGCUGCUUCUGGUGCUGAUCCUCUGCUCUCUGGUGCAAGGCAACGACCUUUCUUUGGAGGCUCAGUUCCUCCUCCGGGGCCCCGAGCUACUACGCUUGCGCUACGUGAAGAAACUCACCGGUGUUCGGGGUCUUCCGAGGUGGCUGGUGCGGCAAAACCGAGGCGAGCUGCAGAGGCUCGAGGUGCGCGCGGCCGCGAACCUCCUUUACACCCUCCUGGCCUGUCUCAUCGGUUUCCACCUCCUGACCUGCGCCUGGUUUGCGGCUGGCCAGGCCGAG